UCCUCCUCCUCCUCCUCCUCCGUCUUCCUCCUCCUCCCCUGCCCGCCUCCUCCUUCUCCCGAGGAGCGAAGGGGCCGCCCGCUUUGGCCGAGGCAGGUCUCCCGGAGAGCCGCGCUUCCAGGCGAACAGGAGGAGAGGCAAAGCGGCCGCGCAGAUCUGUUUUAUUUUCAAAAAGAACACCAUUGGAAAAAAAAUCCCUCCAACAAUCAAAUGCUACAAUCUUCUUAGUUCUGGCCUUACAGAGGAAAGACAAAACAGGAGCUGUGAAGCUUUGCAUAGCAAGUAGCUUCUGAGUUGCCUGAGAGCUUCUGGAUUUCAGCCUCUUCACAAACGAAGAGAAGGAAAAAUAUUUUCUUGUCUGCUUUAUGGCAGGCAGACUAUGGUUCUCUGAGAGGUUUGGUUUGGGGAAGACUGGAUUGAAACUUGGCCAUUGCUGUUUGCAGUGAAAAGUCAACAGAAAAACAAAGCCUGGGAAAAUACCACAAUUGGACAAUAUGACUACUAUGUGCACGUGGAUACUGAGCCCUCUAUGAAUGCUUGGAUAUUGACCCCAUUGUUCUGGGUCUGUGGAUACUUGGAGAAGAAUUUCUGCGUACUUUGUGGGCUUCCCCACAUCUGUAUAUUUUUCACCCAUCUCCAUCUUUCUUUCCAGUUCAACAGCAUGGGCUUUUAAUGGUAUGAUCUGCUGAGUCACUGGUAGACACUUGUCUCAGAAGCCGAGCAGAUGACUGAAUAACAUCUAUUGUGCCUUUUAUUUUCUAAAGACCUGUUACAGCUCAAGCAAAGGUGCACAUCUCUUGGUGCUUGAAAUAUUUGAUUUCUUCUUUCCUCCCUUUAAGUGGAGAAGUGAUUUCUGCCAUAGGUGGACACAGCGGAGCUUCUCCUACUGGUUGGCGGCAACUACUUCCGUCCUUCAUAGCACACUAGGAAAGCAAGAGUCUACCGUCUGGUCUGAGUGGUUCCUGGAAAGAUUUUACCCUGUCUGCUUCAAACCCCCCACCACCACUCCCCCCUCCUCUCCCCCCUCUCCCCCACCCCACCCCACGGAGAAUGGGGCCUGUGCUCCUCAGGCGUGGAGGGUGCCUCCUGCUUUGGAUGGCACUGCUCCUGGGAUGCUGGGCCGAGCUUGGCAGUGGCCUAGAGUUCCCGGGAGCAGAGGGCCAAUGGACUCGUUUCCCAAAAUGGAAUGCCUGCUGCGAGAGCGAAAUGAGCUUCAACAUGAAGACCCGCAGUUCCAGUGGUCUGGUCCUUUACUUCGACGAUGAGGGCUUCUGCGACUUCUUGGAGUUAAUUCUAACUCAAGGCGGGCGCCUUCAGCUGAGCUUUUCCAUCUUCUGUGCCGAGCCUGCCAUCUUACUCUCUGACAUGGCUGUCAAUGACAACCUGUGGCACACAGUAAUCGUCCGCCGCAAUUUUAAGAACACAACGCUACUAAUUGACCAGGCAGAGGCAAAAUGGGUGGAAGUCAAAUCCAAACGGCGGGAUAUGACGGUCUUUAGCGGCCUCUUUCUAGGAGGUUUGCCUCCAGAGCUACGUUCGCCGACUUUAAAAGUAACACUCUCCUCGGUGAAGGAUAGAGAACCCUUCAAGGGAUGGAUAACAGAUGUAAGGGUCAACUAUACACAGUCCUCACCUGUGGAGAGUCAAGAAGUGCGACUGGAUGAUGAACAGAGUCACCUGUGUGCCCGGGAUGACGUUUGCCUCAAUGGCGGCGUCUGUUCUGUGCUCAAUGACCAGGCAGUAUGUGACUGCUCCCAAACUGGCUUUCGAGGGAAAGACUGCAGCGAAGAAGACAACCAUGUGGAAGGUCUGGCGCACUUGAUGAUGGGCGAUCAAGACAUUGCUGCUCUUUUUGCAAAAGCUGAAUCCCGACCCUAUCCAGGAAAAGAAGAAUACAUCGCAACAUUUAAGGGAUCAGAGUAUUUCUGCUAUGACUUGUCCCAAAAUCCUAUCCAGAGCAGCAGCGAUGAAAUAACUCUGUCCUUUAAAACUCUUCAGAGGAACGGACUCAUGCUUCACACCGGGAAAUCAGCGGAUUAUGUCAACCUCGCCCUGAAAAACGGAGCUGUCUCCUUGGUUAUUAAUUUGGGCUCAGGGGCCUUUGAAGCACUGGUGGAACCUGUGAAUGGGAAAUUUAAUGACAAUGCCUGGCAUGAUGUGAAAGUAACCAGGAAUCUGCGUCAGCACUCAGGCAUUGGACACGCUAUGGUGACAAUAUCAGUGGAUGGAAUUCUGACCACAACGGGCUACACACAAGAAGACUACACCAUGUUGGGCUCCGAUGACUUUUUCUAUGUUGGAGGAAGUCCCAGUACGGCCGACUUGCCAGGGUCACCAGUCAGUAACAACUUUAUGGGCUGUCUUAAAGAGGUUGUGUAUAAGAACAAUGAUGUAAGGCUAGAACUGUCCCGACUUGCCAAACAAGGCGAUCCGAAGAUGAAGAUCCAUGGUGUGGUUGCAUUUAAGUGUGAAAAUGUAGCAACUUUGGAUCCAAUCACUUUUGAAACACCAGAAUCUUUCAUCUCUUUGCCAAAGUGGAAUGCCAAGAAAACUGGCUCAAUAUCAUUUGACUUCCGCACUACUGAACCAAACGGCCUGAUACUUUUCAGCCACGGUAAACCACGUCAUCAGAAAGAUGCCAAACACCCACAAAUGGUGAAAGUGGAUUUCUUUGCUAUUGAGAUGCUUGAUGGUCACCUCUACCUGUUGCUAGACAUGGGAUCUGGUACAAUUAAAAUAAAAGCUUUACAGAAGAAAGUGAAUGAUGGAGAAUGGUACCACGUUGACUUUCAAAGGGAUGGACGAUCGGGUACCAUUUCUGUCAACACGAUGCGAACACCUUACACUGCACCAGGAGAGAGUGAAAUUCUGGACCUCGAUGAUGAUUUGUAUCUUGGAGGUUUGCCAGAAAAUAAAGCUGGCCUGGUCUUUCCAACAGAGGUCUGGACAGCACUCCUAAAUUAUGGCUACGUGGGCUGCAUCCGGGACCUGUUUAUUGAUGGUCAAAGCAAAGAUAUUCGCCAAAUGGCAGAAAUCCAAAGCACUUCUGGGGUGAAACCUUCAUGUUCGAGAGAAACAGCAAAACCUUGCUUGAGCAAUCCAUGUAAAAACAAUGGUGUGUGCAGAGAUGGCUGGAACAGAUAUGUCUGUGAUUGUUCUGGUACAGGCUACUUAGGCAGAUCGUGUGAGAGAGAGGCAACGGUUUUAAGCUAUGACGGAAGUAUGUUUAUGAAAAUACAGCUCCCUGUGGUGAUGCACACAGAGGCGGAAGAUGUGUCCUUACGGUUCAGAUCUCAGCGAGCUUAUGGCAUUUUAAUGGCCACAACUUCAAGGGAAUCUGCAGACACCCUGCGUUUAGAACUGGAUGCAGGACGUGUUAAGCUAACAGUCAACCUAGACUGUAUCAGGAUUAACUGUAAUUCCAGCAAAGGUCCAGAAACCCUUUUUGCUGGCUAUAACCUCAAUGACAAUGAAUGGCACACAGUACGUGUGGUUCGAAGAGGGAAAAGUUUAAAAUUAGUGGUGGAUGACCAACAAGCCAUGACAGGUCAAAUGGCCGGCGAUCAUACAAGACUGGAAUUCCACAACAUAGAAACAGGAAUCAUAACAGAACGGCGCUAUUUGUCCUCAGUCCCUUCCAACUUCAUUGGCCAUCUGCAGAGCCUCACUUUUAAUGGCAUGGCAUACAUUGACUUGUGUAAAAAUGGGGAUAUUGACUACUGUGAGCUAAAUGCCCGGUUUGGCUUCCGGAACAUCAUCGCUGAUCCAGUCACCUUUAAGACAAAAGCCAGCUAUGUUGCCCUUGCCACUUUGCAAGCUUAUACUUCUAUGCACCUGUUUUUCCAGUUCAAAACGACAUCGUUGGAUGGGUUAAUACUCUACAACAGCGGGGAUGGGAAUGACUUUAUCGUGGUUGAGUUAGUCAAAGGGUAUCUGCACUACGUCUUUGAUCUGGGAAAUGGUGCAAAUCUCAUUAAGGGAAGUUCCAAUAAACCCUUGAAUGACAACCAGUGGCAUAAUGUGAUGAUAUCACGGGACACCAAUAACCUCCAUACGGUGAAGAUUGACACCAAAAUCACAACACAGAGCACUGCGGGAGCAAGAAACCUUGAUCUCAAAAGUGAUUUAUACAUUGGAGGAGUUGCAAAGGAGACCUACAAAUCCUUGCCCAAAUUGGUUCAUGCCAAGGAAGGCUUUCAAGGCUGCCUUGCCUCAGUGGAUCUGAAUGGACGCCUCCCAGAUUUGAUUUCAGAUGCUCUGUUUUGCAAUGGACAAAUAGAACGAGGAUGCGAAGUUGCAUUGAUGAAAGCUGAUUUGCAAGGUCCCAGCACAACAUGCCAAGAGGACUCAUGUGCAAACCAAGGAGUCUGCUUGCAGCAAUGGGAUGGAUUCAGCUGCGACUGUAGUAUGACCUCUUUCAGUGGAACGCUGUGCAAUGACCCGGGAACAACAUAUAUAUUUAGUAAAGGCGGUGGACAAAUUACAUAUACUUGGCCUCCCAACGAUCGGCCCAGCACGCGAGCAGAUAGACUGGCAAUAGGGUUUAGCACAGUUCAGAAAGAAGCUGUUUUGGUGCGAGUGGAUAGCUCUACUGGGCUCGGAGAUUAUUUAGAGCUGCACAUCGAGAGGAAAAAAGCCAACGGAGAUUUGAAGCUUUUCAAAGAAGUACCAGGAAACAAUGAUAACGAGCGCCUGGCGAUUGCUAGACAGCGAAUUCCAUAUCGGCUUGGUCGAGUAGUUGAUGAAUGGCUACUCGACAAAGGGCGUCAGCUCACAAUCUUCAAUAGCCAAGCAACGAUAAAAAUUGGAGGCAAGGAGCGAGGUCAUCCGUUUCAGGGCCAGCUUUCCGGACUCUACUACAAUGGCUUGAAAGUCCUGAACAUGGCUGCCGAGAGCGAUGCCAACAUAGUGAUAGAAGGGAAUGUGAGACUUGUUGGUGAAGUGCCUUCCUCUAUGACAACGGAGUCAACCGCUACUGCAAUGCAGUCUGAGAUGUCCACAUCGGUCAUGGAAACCACUACCACUCUGGCUACAAGUACAGCUAGAAGAGGAAAGCCACCGACAAAAGAACCCAUUGGCCAGACCACAGAUGACAUCCUGGUGGCCUCGGCCGAAUGCCCCAGUGAUGAUGAGGACAUUGAUCCCUGUGAGCCGAGCUCAGGUGGGUUAGCAAGUCCAACCAAGCCUGGACGUGGAGGCUACCCGAGUUCAGAUGAGGUGGUUCGGGAAUCCAGCAGCACAACUGGCAUGGUAGUUGGGAUUGUGGCAGCAGCCGCCCUGUGCAUCCUCAUUCUUCUCUAUGCCAUGUACAAGUACAGGAAUCGAGAUGAAGGCUCCUACCAUGUUGACGAGAGCCGAAACUACAUCAGUAACUCAGCACAGUCCAACGGGGCUGUGAUUAAGGAAAAGCAGCCCAACAGCUCGAAAAGCUCCAACAAAAAUAAGAAAAACAAGGAUAAGGAGUACUACGUCUGAUCCCGAGUGCUGAAAAAGAACAAUUGUAUAGAAAUAGUCUUCAUUUUAUCUGAGACAUAAAACAAAACUUAUUUACUUUACUUUUUAUGAAGCACAUGCAAUGUUUAAAACAACGGGAGAAAAAGAACACAGGGAAUGCAAUUGGAAAGGAACAGACUUUUUUUAAGAAAAAUAAACCAAGGGAAGAAAAAAAUUGAAAUAAGCAUUUCAUACUCUGGUUUUGCUGAAACUGGAGUCAAUAAAUCCCCUUACAUCCACAGUGUUUUCAUUUACUCUGCCGUCUUUAUGUUGCUGGAAUGUUUCUGAAGAUGAUGUUGGUAACUACUGCACACUGAAAAGGCAAAGAGUAUUACUACUAAAACAUCACCCAGCACCACACAAAAUUGUGACAAACUGAAACAAAAUAAAAAUGAAAUCUCUCUCUCACACACACACACAAAAGCUACCUAUGAAUCUGGAUUUAGCCAAAGUGCUAGUGCAUUCCUGAGGAGUAAGUUAAGUCUUAUUACCUGAGAAGACUUUGCCGUUCUAGACAAGCGCUCAAAAAGCAAACCUGAGUUUGUCACCCUGUGCAUCGCAACAACUGGAGCUUGGGUUUGAAGUUGGCUUUUCUGAACACACCAUACAAAAAGAAGAAGAAAAGGAAAAAGGAGAAGAAGAAGAAGA